AGGAUAUUUUUGACGCUCGGGCGGCAGCGACAACAUUGUUACGCGAAUGUCGUUUCAUCCGUGGAGCAAGAUGAGGACUUUUCCCACCCAGACCUGUGACGCCAGAGAAAACAAGUCGUCGUUUGGAUCGCUGAUUGUCGUCGUCUGAAAUCCAGAUCACUGGCACCGCCGACCUUUUGUACCGCUGAUGUGAAAGUUAUGGAUGUAAACGGCGGUCGGGAAAGGGACCUUUGGAGACAUUUCGGGUGAAUGAAAGCGCAGAUGGAGACCGACCUGAGACUGGAGUCAAGUUUGUGGGUCGGGAAUAAGAGAUACCUGGCUGUCCUGACAGGCUGGCAUCUCAAAUGGACCGAGGCGGAAAAGAAGAACCCCGAUAAGCAAACAGUUUCAGUUCCCGUGGCCGAGGUGGUGGGAGUGGAGGAGGGCCGGGUGGAGAUCCUGCCUCACAAGUCUGUGGAAGACACAGACAGAGACUUCACAGUUUUCUAUGUGAAGCGUAGCAGCAGCAGGGCAUCCGCUGGGCUGCUGUGGAGACUGGGCCGGACCCAGUUUACCUGUCCCAGUCGGGUCCUCCGAGACCAGUGGAUUAAAAACCUAAGGACAGCCGUCAAAACACACAGCCCCCUGCGUCCACACAGGCUGUUGGUGUUCAUCAACCCGUUUGGAGGAAAGAAAAAAGGAAGGCAGAUCUACCACUCACUGGUUGCCCCUUUGUUUGAGCUGGCUGGUAUCAGCUCUCAUGUAAUAGUGACUGAACGGGCCAACCAGGCCAGGGAUCACCUCCUUAAGAAAGACCUGACAGGCUUUGAUGGUGUGGUGUGUGUGGGCGGCGACGGCAUGUUCAGUGAAAUACUUCACGGUGUGAUUGGGAGGACGCAGCAAGAGGCGGGCCUUUGUGAGAACGAUCCUGCGGUCACUCUGCAACAAUGUCCGCUCCACAUUGGCAUCAUCCCCGCAGGCUCCACAGAUUGUGUGUGCUACGCCACAGUGGGCGUGAUUGACCCUGUUACCUCAGCUUUGCACGUUGUCAUUGGAGACUCUCAGCCUUUGGAUGUGUGCUCAGUCCACCAUGGCCUUGGUCAGGUGCGAUACUCAGUGUCCCUGGUGGGCUACGGCUUCUAUGGUGACGUGCUAGCCGAGAGCGAAAACCACCGCUGGAUGGGACCAUUCAGAUACGACUACUCAGGUGCAGUGGUGUUCCUGAGUAACCGAAGCUACAGGGGCACAGUCCAGUAUCUGCCGGCAGACCCGCUGCUGUCCAGCCCGAGAGAUAAAACCCGCUGCUUGUCUGGGUGUGGCGUAUGCGCAAAAAGCACCGAGAGACUUUUCACGAACACUUCAGAUUCAGGCUCCCAGUACAGCUCCUACUCUGGUCCAUUCAACAAAGACUCACGAGGUGAGUGGGUGAGUGUGGACGGCAGGUUCAAGUGUGUGUCCCUCACAUGUAUGUCCAGCUCGUGCGCCAAAAGUCCUCUGGGUCUCUCUCCCUCUGCCCACCUGGCUGAUGGAACUGGAGAUCUCAUCCUAGUGCGCGACACUAACCCUUUGGGCUUUCUCAAGUACCUCUACAGGCACACAACCACUCAGGACCAGUUUGACCUACCGUUUGUAGAGGUCCAUCGCGUGAAGGCGGUGCGUUUCUCCCUGGCGGACGGAGGCGAAGAAGCAGAGGACAAUGCAGGUCUGAGUGGUGCGAUGGAUGGAGAAGAUGGAGGAUAUAUCAAAAAUGGAAAGAGAAGUGGAUCUCAGCAGCACCUGGCAGGGAGAGCUAAGGGACAAACGAUGACAAGUGAGGACAAAACAGUGACCCCCUUCAUGUGCGGUCUUUGCUGCAGCAAAGCCCCCGCUGUGUCGGUCUGGAACUGCGAUGGAGAAAUCCUGCCUUUCCCUGAGAUUUUCUGCAAGAUUCACGGCCAGUUGGUGUGUCUGUAUGCCAGGGGCAUCGAGGACGGGGCUUCGUUAAGAGACGGCACCGAGGAGAGGGUCGAGUGCAACAGAACGUGCACGCUACCCAGAUGAAGUCUGAAAAGUGAUAAAUAACUAUCAGUGUGGUGUUCAAGGGUUUGUUCAAGUUCCUACAACUGCAGCAAGUUCUGCAGCCUUUCAUUGCCAAAGAGUUCCUCAUAUUUCAGGCACUUUAAAUCCUAUUUUUCCAUGUAACGUUAGAAAAAUAAAUAUUUAUGUGUUUCUGUUGGUUAAAUAGCCUCCCUCUAUAUGUGUGUGUUUUGGAAACUGUUCUUUCUUAAAAAAUGUCAUUAAUAUAUCACUGUACACAUGUUUGCUGCUUUUAGUCUGUAACUAAUUUUGUCUGAUUUUAGAGCAUUAAGGCAAAUGUUUGAUGGAGGUUACACUACAAAACAUAUGAAAUAAAAAAUGCUUAUAUUUAUUAUUUAAUUUCUUUAUUAGUGUGAAUAAAAGCAGCAACAGAAUGAGAA